AUGGCGGAGCAGAACAACUUCCAGAACUCAAUACGGCACAAUCUGUCAUUGAACAAGUGUUUUCUCAAAGUGCCUCGCUCCAAGGAUGACCCAGGAAAGGGCUCUUACUGGGCCAUCGACACCAAUCCAAAGGAAGACACCUUGCCUACACGGCCAAAGAAGAGGCCACGGUCUGGAGAGCGGGCUUCUACGCCAUACAGCCUGGAGUCUGAGUCUUUGGGGAUGGAGUGUAUGAUCUCUGGAAGUGCCUCUCCAACGCUGGCAAUCAACACUGUGACUAACAAGGUGGCGUUGUACAACACAGACCAGGAAGGGAGCGAUAGUCCUAGAAGCAGCCUUAACAACAGCCUGUCUGAUCAGAGUCUGGCCUCUGUGCACAGCUAUACACCGGUGGCCAGUCACCCAGAGCCCGUGUCCCAGUCAAUGAGCCUCCAGCAGCCCCCACAGUCACAGUACAACAUGCCAGACAGGGACAAGCAACUCCUGUUCUCUGAAUUUGAAGAUCUCAGUGCCUCCUUCCGCAGCCUUUACAAGUCUGUUUUUGAGCAGUCCUUCAGCCAACAAGGUCUCAUGGGCAUACCAUCAGAUUCUUCUCAGCAGACCCACACCUCCUGCUCCUAUCAGCACUCCCCAAGUGGCACCAUUAGUACUCAGAACAGCCUGUCAAACAACCAACCCAACAGCCACCCCAACAGCCACUCUGCCAACAGUGGUCAAGUGCCCUUGUCCCAUCCUGCCCAGGCCCACCCCAGCCAUGGCUCACCCCACGCGCAGCACCUCCCGCAGCACGGGGGUUCCCACAACCAACACAACCAGCACAGCCAACAUGCCCAGCACAGCCAACACAGUCAGCACCAACAGCACCCCCAGCAUGCUGCGCACUCACAGCACGGGCAGCACCCGUCCCACGGCCAGCACCCACAGCAGCACACACCACACCCCUCCCAACACACGCAGCACAGCCAGCACCCUUCUCAACACGGGCAGCAGCAUCAGAGCCUCUCCCACCAGCCCCAUCCUACCCAGCAACAGAUGGCCUGCAACACAGGUUUACUGUCUGACUGGUACCCAAAUCUGGAUGCACUGAAAGAAAGCUGUCGUAUUGCUAGCAGCUAUAACUGGGCUGAUGUCGACCUUUCACCUUUUCAAGGGUUAAGAGAGAGUAUGCGACAAGCGGAGCUGAACAAUUGGUCCCUGGAGCCCACCCAGAUUGCAGACCUCUGCUCGUCCAUCAACCAGUUCUUUGCUCGCACCGGUGUAAUCCAGCAACAGGGGGCAGUGCAGCCUUCUGUUUGCCAUGGCUCCAUGCACCCCAACAAACCCAGCCAGCACCUCAACACAGGAAAUCUUUACAUGGACUCCAGACAGAGCAUGUCCAUGAUGGGUCCUCCAGGGUAUCCACACAUGCCUCCCAUGAGCAGUGCAGGACCCCCUAUGACAGGACACCAUGCACAGAUGAACCAGCAGCACAUGAUACCUACCAGAAACUUCCAGAUGCAUCGCAUGCCAGCUGACGACAUCCAGGAUGACUUUGACUGGGACUCCAUUGUCUAGCCCCUAAAACUCCUUUUUGCAGACAUAUGGGAGCGAGGAGAGGAGGUGGAAGCCAGAGGAAGCCAGGCUGAGCUGAAAGGCUGCAGGAGGAGGCAGAGGCCACUGUGGGUGGGAUGCAGAAGAACAUUUAACAAGCUUUGGAGAAAGACAGACUUCAGUGUCCUGGCAUUUUUACAGAAGCAAAGCAUACCUAGAAAAUGUUACUUUGAAGACAAUCAUAUUUAGCUGGACAUGUUAAAGUGAUUGCUUACGUACUUGUCUAGAGACAAGUAGAACACAUUCACAUGUAAACCACGUGCUCCUAAACUCCUCAGUCAGCCCUCUCCCCGUCCUUAGCCAGCAGCCUUCCAAAGUCUGAACCUCUAUCCCCCCUGACCCUCUGCUCCGUAACUGUUAUGUGAUUUGAGCGACGUGUUCAGCUUGUAGUUCUUGUCGUGUUGACAUUGGCCUCAGCUGCCUCUUGGAUGAGUUUCUUUCUUUUUAAACAAUUAUUUUGUUUUAUGUUGGUUUUCAAGAAACAGGCCGUCUCUGAUUGAUGUGAUGGUGCUUGUCGGUCACUUUCGGGAACACGCGGACCCCGCUGUGGCUGAAUUGGUCGUGAAUUUAGGUUUACAGUAACGAGGUUUUGAACAGGGUGUGAAAAAUCUUAAGCUCUAUUAAACAAAGCAAGAGAGAGAGAGACAGAAAAAGAGAUCACUGAAAGUAUCCUGAUCUAUUUUCAUAGCCAGCCAAUGUGAUCAGGCUCACUGUAGCAGACUAGUUAUGGGAGUACAACCUUUCUCUCUGUGUCAGACACUUCAAGAUGAGUGGAUACGAUGAGUGUGAUGGCGAUGGAGAGAAGCAGGAAGUCGGAUAUUUUUGGCCUUGUUAAAAUUCAAUCAACCCAAAUACCUGGUAUUUGCUACACCAGUCAGAAGCUGAUGUAAUGUUAAAGAGUAAAUCUUAAUGGUAAAGUUCAUCAGUUUUACAUGAGUAGCCCAUUGAUCAGUAAACAUUAAAUAAUUAGUCUGACUAAUGAAUUGGAAAGGUGAUCUUUUUAAUCAGUGUAUCAGUAUUGAAACAGAAAUUGAAUUUGUUUAUGGGCAUGUUUCCCAAAAUGCAGAAGUUCUUUAAACAAUUACACAUCAAAUUGUAUGCACACCAUAUUAUAAUAAUUUCUACUAGUAAUAUUAAAAAGUAUUUAAAAUUUUAAAGAGCUUGUUUGCAGUUCACAUAGUAAUGGUUUUAAGUCUCACUGACUUGAAUCAUAGACGAGUAUAAAAGCUUUAUUGACUGAUUAAUGAUCAAUAGGCCAUGCAUAAGAUGUUGAACUUUUCCUUUAAAGACGGGGAAAAAAAUCAUGAAUUUUAUGGUGAGUUUCUUUAAUUUGUGAAAUGAGUUGCAUCCACGUCUACCCCUUUUUCCACCUACUGUACAUCAAAUGAGUUUUUGAUGCUACGCUCUGUGUUUGUUGUCAUUUCUGACACUUAAAUUAUGGAGAUAUGCCCAGUGUUCAUUGGUGAUCAUGAAAAAGCAUAAGAGUUUUCUAUUAUACAAUAACAGUGAGAAAUGUGACUCAUUUUACAGUACAUACAGUGCGCAUGUUUGUGUGUGUGUGUGUGUGUGUGUGUGUGUGUGUUUUGGUUUAAUUGUAAUGUUAGGGCUAUGACUGAUGGAAUCAUCUCUAUGCUAUCUAUGAGCACAAAGCAGAUGCACACAGUGACUAGAAAUUAGAUUUUAGAUUCAACUUUUUCUGAAAGGAUUUCUCAAGCACAGAACAGGGAGAUCAGUGGUUCUGGAAACCUGUCCUCUGUGUCCUGUAACAAGUGGCUCAUCAAUCAGACCGGUGCUGAGCUUUAGAGACACUAUGUUUAAAAAAAAUCCCUUUGCGCACUUUUACUUUUUUGUUGAUCGUUAUUGUUUUUAACAUGCAAAGAACCUCCUGGAUCUGAAAAGCUAAGCACGGACAUUCUCACCCAUCCAUUUUAUUCAUUGAUUCAGUCAUAGACUGCCUGACUCCUAGUGACAAUGAAAAGGAUCAUUUCUCAUCCCUGCAAUACUGUAUAUGGUGCUUUGCAUCUAUGAUGCUGUCUUUGGUUAAAGAAAUAGUUCAACAUUUUGGGAAAUACUUUAGUUAGAUGUAAAGAUUGAGUCCACUCAUGUCAGUACAGCGAAUAUGAAUCUACAGCCUGCAUCUGGGUAGCUUAGCUUAGCAUUAAGGCUGGAAAUAGGUGGGGAAACACAGCCUGGCUCUGUCAAAAGGGAACAAAAUCUGCCUACAAGCACUUCUAGCUCAUUAAUUAACACAAUGUGUCUGAUUUGUUCAUCUGUACAAAAACAUAAAGCUACUGUAUGUAAUUUAAGGUAGCACUAGCCUGAAGCUCCAAAUUAAUCCACUCUGCUCCACCCAGCGCUCCUUCUCUCCGCUCCACUAUGAUCUACUGCGACCUGCUGUGCCCCACCAUGCUCUGCCCAGCUCUUCAGAUAUUUGUCAUUAUAAAAAUACAAAAAAUGAGAAUGCAACAAAACUUGCUGAUCAAGCAGAAAUAAUUGAAAAUCUUUGAUUGGUCAGAGCAUUGACUAUAUAAAACGUGAACAAACCCACCAUCACUUCACCCACUGAUUUUCUGAAGAGUGGUUUUGAAAGCUCAAGUCUGGUUGCUGCCUUAACGAGUGCUUCACUCCACCUGCUACGGCUAAUCCAAAAAAGGUCAAAGAGGUGGAGCAUGAGUGGAGCUGAGGUGGGCUGAAUGGACAGAAUGAAGCUAGCCACCAACAGGGGGAUUCUCCUGCUUGUCACUCAAAGUGGCCACACCCUUAUCUUUGUCUCAAUAUAAUUUAGACUGGUGAGUUGUAUAGAAAUUCACCCUCUGUACAGUUGUCAUGGAAGGGUAAAUUAGCUAAAACUACUAAAACACACUGGAAGUGUUUUUGGAAGUGUUUUCUGUUCGCAUCUCACACCCAUCUCAUGCUGCAGUUAGAAUUCCGCUAUAUCAAAUUAGUCAAUGCACACUGAACCCGAGACCUUCACAUUUUUUAUGCUUCAUGUUUAUUUUUUUCCUUCUGCUGCAUUUAGUGAAGUGUAAUCGCCACAGUCAGCUGUUUAAAUCACACAAAUCCUGUUGUUUUAUCUUUUUUCUGGUAUCUGUUACAACUCAACAGGCUGCUUGAGUUUCACUUUCUCCCUCCGUAAGGCGCCGAGGAAAAUCACUAAAAUCAAUAAACUGAUAGGCUACAGUAAAAAUGCUAUUUGUUUUUUGAUGAUUUUACAUGAAAACUGUUUUUGUCUAGUACACUUGUUGUUGGUCUGUCUUGAAUAGACUUUGUCUGCUCAUGUCUUGGUUUCAGUGUGGAUUGAAUGGAAUCAUGCUUCAGUAGCACUUACAUCUCGCUUCCAGUGUGUUGUACCAGUAAGAGACCAAAGCCGGUUUUUGUACCAGGCUGUAAACAUGUUUAUUUCUGUUCUAAAGUUGGGCAUUUUAACAUGGGAGUCUAUGGGGAUCGACUCCCUUUCGGAGCCAGCAUGAAGUGGUCAUUCAAGGAACUGCAUCGGCCUCAUUUCUCAGCCUUGGUUGCAGGUUGGGUUAGAGAGGUCAGUGCUGCUCAAAACCUGUAGAAGCUAAUGUAGAAGCUAAUAUCUCUGCACUGCUGUGCAAUGAGUCUUGGUCACAGAAAAAAAAAAAAAAAAAAAGUUGUAUACUGUAGCUUUAAGUGUAAAAUGACAUUUUAUGGUUUCACUGGUGGCUAUGUGCUGUACUAUUUCUUGGCACAGUCACUUCCUGCGGAUAGAACAUUGUAAUUAAUGAGCUUUAGAUCCAGAUGUUUAUAUAUUUAGACAGAGCCAGGCUAUUUUCCAGAUUUCAGUCUCGAUGCUAAGCUAGCAGUCUCCUGGCUAUAGCUUUGUGUUUACUGUAUAAACAUAAGGUGGUAUUGUUAUUCUCAUCUAGCUCUCAGUACAAAUGAAAAGCUUAUUUCCCAAAAUAUAGACUGUUCCCUUAAGACAGCUUAGCUCCUAGGGACUCCAGUAUUGAUUUCAUAUUUAGAUGACAAUCAUAUCGCGUCAUGUCUUUGUUAUUAUGAGAAAAGGCACCUUUAGUUCUCACACAAUCCAUUUGAACACAGAUUAUUUAGGUUAUUUGAAACCAGAACCAGCCCUGUUUUAUGCUGGUUCUUUAAGAUGCUUCUGUUGAACUGAUUGGAUGAGGUUAUUUUCUUUCAGCUGAUAAUGCGACCAUACGUUUUCAUAUUUCACCUAAUGCUUUUGUUUUGUUUUGCCUGCCAAUCACACAUGUCCACUCCUGCUUCCUUCUUGCUUCUUUUUGUCUGUUUUUGUACAUCAAAUGUCCCCUGUAUGUGGAAGAUUGCCUCACCUCUGGGUCUCAACGGUGAACUUUUAAAGUUUUGUUCAACUGCCAGAGUUUCAUAACUAGUGCUCAGACAUGAUACUUGAUCAGGUGAGUGACCUAAAUCAUGACUGUUUUAGGUGAGUGUGGGCCAAAGGACUGCAACUGAAGACAGCAGUGGAAAAAAAGAGCAUCAGUGUGUAUUCAUUGGAUUCAGUGGACCUGAAAUAGUGAGCAUCCUUGUGAGUCUGUGAUUGGUGUGAGGGUGAAGUGUGUUGCAGCUGUUCCAGGUGAAGACUGUGAACACACAAGCUACCUUUUGAGCACAUCAGUCCACGGGAAAACAAAAGAUUUGAGCAAACGGAUGUGGCUAACGGGGAAAAAGGAGAAGACUAUGACUGGAUCACACACAGUUUUUUACGUUAUGUCUAUUUGUGUGUGUGUGUGUGUGUGUGCGCGCGUGUGUGUGUGUCAGUUUGUGUGUUUGCUCAGUUAAGUAUUUCAGAAGACGUUUUUAAGUUUUUAAAUAUCGCUGAAUAUGUACCUGCCAGAGAGAUUAUUAUUACUGGGAAUAAAGAUGAAUAGAAAAAAAAAAAGCAUUGUUACAAUAUGGGAGAAAACUGCCAACAAGUACUGCUGAUUGGGGCCUAUUUUAUUCAGUGCUGGUGUGUUGUGCUUGUACAAAUAUGUCUUUUCAAUCAUCCCUUUUUUCCUCUUGGGGGUGGGGUAUCAAGUCAGGGGUUGGGUCUUGUUCAAGGAAGAGGGGAGGCAAAAGAAUAGAGUAUUUUGUUAUUGUCCAAUCAGAGGGUGACAGUAUGUAUAUAUCUGUAUUGUAUAUAUGUGAUGAAAAUGCGUUGGCUUUUUGUGUGACACUACGUUUUACCUGUACUAUGAUUCUACAUUCAGUGUUUCAGUGUUGAUAAUAUAUAUUUGAUUUGUUUUGUUUUUGUUUUGGGUUUUUUUUUGUUUGUUUUAUUUUUGUCUUUGUCAUUUCUUGUAUUUUUUCUCCUAUUUGCCCUUUGUUGUUUAUUGCACGGUUUAUUCCUUUUGUUGUCCAAUGAGGUAACACAGCUACUCUUUGUAUUCGUUUAGUGCUGUAAAAUAACUGAAGUGUUAUUAGAAUUGUCGAUACCACCACCCACCCCACCCCACCCCCUUCCUCAAUAUGCAUGAAUGGCACUUAAAGAAAUAAAAUAUGGUAA